GCCCGGGGUCUCUCUUCUCAUCUCCAAAUGUUCAGAACCUAUAAUUUGAGAACUAAACGACCUUUCUCAACCCGCCAAUUCUCGUAUACUUAUUCUUCAAGAAAAUGGGCACAACAAUCUAAUGACGCGACAUCAACUUCACAGUCGAGCAAAGACCCCCUUUCGUCCUCCUCCCCAGAACGCCAGCAGUCUGGCCAUACGGAGGCAGGUCCUUCGUCAUCGUCCCCUCGCCCGUCACCAUCGGGCACACAGUCCGAAGCAGAAACAUCCUCACACUCAAAUCCGUCAUUUGCUGACCUCGGAUACUUGAAGAGCAACGUUCGGAAGUGGACGGACGAAGCGGUCGUGAACUUUCGCAAAAAAGCAGACGACUUUUCGGGCUCUACAAAGACGAGAUUUUCUCAGGUCGGAGCAGAGCUUAACAAGGUCACUGGCUAUGACGAAAUAGAGGCUUUGAAGAGACAGGUUGUCGCCCAAGAGGUACAAAUAAAGGAGGCACGUCAGGCGGCACGCGACGCGAAGAUACUAUACCAGCAAGCAGUCCUUCAGCGUUCCAGCUCACAGCGAGAACUGAAUGACCUCUUACAACGAAAAUCUUCGUGGACGGAUCAGGACGUUAUUCGCUUCACAACACUCGUUCGAGAAGACCAUACGUUCGUGCAAGAGGAGGCGCGAGCGAAAGGUGCCGUAGACGAGACAGAAGAAGCCGUAGAAAAGGAGUUUAACGAGCUUACCCGCACUAUUCUCACUCGAUACCACGAAGAGCAGGUGUGGUCCGAUAAAAUCCGAAGUGCGUCGACGUACGGGCAGUUGGCCGCCUUGGGCCUAAACUUGCUGGUCUUUAUCUUGGCAAUCGUAGUCGUGGAGCCCUGGAAAAGGAGGAGGCUGGCACAGACAUUUGAAAAGAAGAUAGAAGAAAUGGAAUUAGAGUACAAGACGGUUAUGGAGGGACAUAUGAAGGAGGUGCAGCAGCGGUUAGAGAGUCAAGUCGCCAGCCUGGUUACCAUCGCAGAUGUGGUUUCCAAACUCGACUCUCAACUCCAGCGUAUAGAGGUGCUACCGGAGGUAGAGGCUCACUCUGAGCCCCGAGUCCUCGAGCCAGGUAUUUGGGCCAAAGCUGUGAAAGAUCGGCAUUUUGGAGAAGCAGUCGCUACUGGUGCCAUUGCGGCUACAGUUUUAAGUGCCCUUGGUUGGAUAUGGUUGGGUGGUUGAGUGGAGAUUUCCUGUCGUUACGGCGCUAGAGUUUUAGAAAUUCACACUUCGAUAGACACGGCAAUGAACCCUGAAUUCGGUAUAAGCAU